AUGAAUGUCAUUGGUGUUGCGGCGUUUCUCAAGGUCGGGUCUAAGCAGAUAGAGCAGAGAAUAACCACCUUUGCUCAGGUUACCUUUGACAAGCCCAUCAGCAAGGUUCAAUUGCAGCUCAUGUGCACUGCUGUUGCCAUGGAUGUGAUUCUUCCUGGAUCCAAAGGGGAUGAGAAAAGUAAAUUGGCACAGCAAGUGAAGGCAGCAUUAGGAAAUGUCCCUGAAUCAACUACUGCCACACCUGAGCCAACACCAAUUUCAGGAGGUGACCCUGGACCAGGUGAUGCCACAGAUGAGCCACCAACUGAAACCACUCCAGGAGGUGACCCUGGACCAGGUGAUGCCACAGAUGAGCCACCAACUGAAACCACUCCAGGGAACUUCUGCUACCCACACCCUUGUGGAACAAAAUUGGCUAAAUGUAUUGCUUUAUAUAGUGGUUUUACCUGCCAGUGCGAAUAUGGAUUCUACUAUAAGGAGAAGAAUUGUUACCCAGGGAAAAUAUUCCCAGGAGUCAUUAUGCUGAAUGCAUCUUACGAUGAUAGUGUUGAAACUGUAAAUUCCACACAGUAUGAAGAGGUGUUCGAACGGAUAACAAUGUUUUUUGCAAAUGCUCUCACUAAUUUAUCAGGCUUUGAACAGACUGUCAUCACAAACAUUCAAUCUCCGACAGAAGUCAGAGCUUCUCCUUCAACAAAUGUAACAGUAAUAAACCUGUUUACGGAGAAUGCAAAUGUAACCAAUGUGACAGUUAGUAUGGCAAUAACUAAUGCAACAAAAGAUUCACCCUAUGUCUCUGAAUACAGAGUUGCAGCCUAUUGUGAAGCUUUUAAUUGUGAUAAGCGAACAACAGACUGCGUAGAGCAAAUGUAUCCAGAAUGCAAAUGCAAAAGUAAUUUUUCAAGUACACAAUGGGAUGUUUUGUCUUGUUCAGAUUGCAGUAAAGACUGUACUGAUGAAGAAAAUGAGUACUGUGCAAAAGAAGAAGAGAUUCCAGUAUGCAAAUGCAAGCCUGACUUUCAAAGGAAUGAUAAAACAUGUGUACCUUGUCCAGUGGGCUAUUCUGGGGAGAACUGCAAUAACAAUAGAGAACUCAUCCUUAUAAUAGUGGGUACAGUGUUUGGAGCCAUCAUCUUGAGUUUAGUGAUAGCAGUGUCUGUUGUUUCAGUAAGAGCCAAACACAAACAAGAUCCAGAGAAGAAGAGCCUGAUAAAAUCAGGAUAUUCCAACCCAAAUACCUCUGAUGAUAGACAGUCCACGAUGUUCCCCAGAGUUCAGACCACUUCUGGCCAUGCAAACCCAGGAUAUCAGCCAAACAACCCAUAUGAGAUGCGUUCUCCAAAUAGAGGUCGUUUUCCAGACAGGGAUUAUGAUGAUAUGUACGAAAUAUCACGGGAGCCUGAGGGCUUUAGGAUGCAGAGCAGAUACUAA